AGAAGAGAGAGAGAGAGGACUCGAAUUUUCUUAAAUGCUUUCUCUGCGUGCAAGGCUAAGCCAACCUCAUCGAUCAUCCCGUACGGGAAUCCCCAUCAUUACUCUCUCUCUCUCUCUCUCUCUAGCACUUUUUAUCUCUCUAAAACUCUUCUCUCUCUCUCUCAUGGGGAUUGCUUUAUAUAUCCAGAGAGAGGUGGCUCUAUUUCCUCACUUUGCAUGACUGCCUAAUCCCUCGCUCAUUCUCUCUUCUUUAAAGUACCCCUUUCUCAGGUCCCCUCUCUUUCUUUCUCUCUCUCAGACAUCCACACAAACACAGACAUACAAAGAUUUCUUUUGAGUGGAGGAGUGGUGUUAAAUUAUUUGCAUGGGAUGGAUCCUUCAAGUGAACAACACCAGGAAAUGCCUGCCCAUAUGCUGGAAAACAUGAUGGUAUGCUUAAAAGCACAGCCUGAUCAGAGGAAACCAAGGCCUCAACCAGAGCAAGCUCUAAAAUGUCCAAGAUGUGACUCCACCAACACCAAGUUCUGUUACUACAACAACUACAGCCUCUCUCAGCCAAGAUACUUCUGCAAGUCAUGCAGAAGAUACUGGACCAAAGGAGGAACAUUGAGGAAUGUCCCAGUUGGAGGAGGCUGCAGGAAGAACAAAAGAUCAUCAUCUUCGUCAUCAAAGCGGAGCCAAGAUCAACCACUCACACCCAACACCAACCCACUGGGGAGCCUCCCAUCCCUAUCUUAUGACUCUCCCAAUGAUCUCAGUCUUGCAUUUGCUAGGCUCCAAAAACAGUCAUGUGGGCAUGAGUUGGGUUUCGAUGACCAUGAGUUCCAAAUGGGAAAUGCUGCCGCCACCCAUUUUGAUUUACUAGGAAACCCUGCAGGAAUGAAUGGCUCUGCAAACACGACUCCUCCUGGUUUUCUUGGUUCUCUUAGGAAUGGCUUUCUUGAUAGCCAGAAUAUUUUCCCUAAUUUCUAUUAUGGGUAUAAUGAUAAUGUGAACAUGGGAGAGGCUGACAAUGGUACUGGUGGAGGUGUUGUUGGGGUUAGUGGAGAAAUGGCUCUGCCAUACGAAGAAAUGAGCAAUGCAGCAACAACAACGGCUGUGACGGUGACAACCAUGAAGCAAGAAUUUUGUAAUGGCAGAUCAGAAAAUGAUCAGAAUCGGGUUUUGUGGGGCUUCCCUUGGCAGCUCAAUGGGAAUGGAAACAUGGCUGAUCUUGAUUCCGGAAGAGAAAGCUGGAAUAAUGGAGCGGCUCCAUCUUGGCAUGGCCUCAUUAACAGCCCUCUAUUGUAGACACUGGAAGUUCGAUCUUAAAAGUUUGCAAGCAGCCACAAACAAGGCAUAGAAUUUCCUCUCUUAUUAGACUCAAAUAUUAGUUUUUUAGCCUUUUGGGUUUUGUUAAGAGAGAUUUGAUUCACCCUAUCAUGAACUGAAUCAUCUCUAGCUAUUUUCGUCUCAUGUAUUUUUUGUUUUAUUUUUUUUUUCUCGUAUCCUUUUAUUGGUUGAUAAACUAAUGAAAUUUUAGAUUUGUUUGCUAA